AUGAGAUCACAUGGACUUACACGUACUGAACUAGAUAAUAUAGAGCAGGAGCUCCGAAAAGCAAGAGAUAUGGCGUACUGCCCUUACUCAAAUUUUGAAGUCGGAUGUGUUAUCUACAUAAGAGGUACAGAUGAAAAGGGAAGCCCCAAGGGCCCUGACAGCAAAUUUCAAGACGAUGACUAUCUUCAAGACAGAUCUUACAUAGGUGCAAAUAUUGAGAAUGGCAGUUUUGGUGCUACAAUGUGUGCCGAAAGAGUGGCUAUCUUCAAGACACUGGCUGCCGUUGACAGACAAUAUGCAGAUUCUAAUAACUGGACUGCUCUUGCCAUUGUUGGAGAUAUUCAAGGCCCUGACAAGGUGAUAACGCCGUGUGGGAUGUGUAGACAAGUGAUGAACGAGUUCAUUAAGGACAGGAUUAAUUUUCCAAUCCUCAUGUAUUCCCCAGACUUCAAGGAAAUGAAAAUUGCUAAUAUGGAUGAGCUAAUGCCAAGCCCUUUUGAGCUAAACGACUAG